AUGCAAAUAUUGCAUCUAAACAAUCUGCGACAAUCACACACAAUCACACACAUUUGCACAUGUGCUAUUAGUCUCAUUUUUCUCUUGAGAUUGUGUCGCUUAGUUCAGACAAUUUCACGAAACCUCAGCCAUCCUGGGAACAGUCGACUUCUACUGGGGCUGAUCAUCCGCAAUCACGCUUGCAUCAUCAGAUGGGAUAUGGAGGGAGCUAUUGUUACGGGCGCCUUCAAUUACAACCACGAGCCACACUUAGCCGACUUCUUCUAUUGUUAUGCACGAGCAUUGCCUGAGAUGCAUGGCAUUGAUACUUCUGUCAUGCCCGCUAGCACUGAGGAUGCUACUCUUGCAAGGAUGGCCUUGAAACUUCCCACCACUACGCGCAUGUUCAAAGUUGCAGUUCCUGAGGAUCCUGCUGUCAAGGACUCUGGCUGGUUGACGUUGAUUAUUCCCCAGCCUGUUGCAAAAGGUUUUCCACCUGUUGGCCGCUGGACUCGCACAUGCCCUGCAUUUGAUAUCCUGAACCAGAAGGUCGUAAUGUUCAAGGACUCUUGGCGCGUGUCAAUAAAGGAUGUCCUACCGGAAGGUGAAACUUAUAAAUUAUUAAAGUCACACCAAGUUCGCAAUGUUGCAACAUGCAUUGCAUUUCAUGAUGUAAUCCACCAUAUCCCUCAGCAAAACACCCAGACUGCCAAGUUUGGAAGUGCCAAAUGGGCGUGUCCCAACAGGGCCGUCACCAAGAAGCCCAUCACUCUGCAUACUCUUCACCGCCUGGUUCUUGAUAUUGUGGGCGAGAAGUUGAACAACUUUGCAAGCUCUCAUGAACUUGUCCGGUCUAUCCGUGACGCAUUGUUAGCUCACAAGGAUGCAUACGAAAACGCAAAAAUCUUACAUCGAGACCUCAGUGUCGGGAAUAUUGUUGUCUACCAAGGGGAGGGCUUCCUUAUCGACUGGGACCUAGCAAAGUUACUCACCAUUCAGGGUUCUUGA